GCAGUCAUCCGUUGCGUCAGACUUACACUCUCGGCGUUGUCUUUCUUUGGAUUCUAAUUCCAAGUUAGAUUACUGGGUGCCCAUCCUGUUUCAUGGUUGAAGGCUGUAAUCAUCCACAGGCAGAUGGUAGUUGGUGUCAUCGAAAAUGGCUAUCAACAUCAAUCGAGAGGUUGAAGAUACCUUUUACAGGUAUAAAAUGCCGAAACUUACUGCCAAGGUAGAGGGCAAAGGGAAUGGUAUUAAAACAGUCAUCGUAAAUGUGUCAGAUAUCGCCAAAGCAUUGUACCGAAAACCCAUUUAUCUCACUAAGUUCUUCGGGUGUGAGCUAGGGGCUCAAAUCCAUGUGGACGAGAAAAAUGAACGCUAUAUCGUUAAUGGUGCUCAUCAAGCAGAGAAAUUGCAGGAACUACUAGAUGGUUUUAUUAAAAAGUUUGUGUUGUGCCAGAGCUGCGGGAAUCCGGAGACUACCAUGGUUAGUUCUGUUAAAAAUUAUUCUCUUCGAUAGCACGUCAACAAACGAGGAGGUACAGUUGCUACAACAUGUAAAGCAUGUGGCAGUCAGGGACAGUUGGACGUUACUCACAGGCUGACCCAGUACAUAGUCAAAAACCCUCCAGAACCAGAAGCUACUCCAGCUAAAUCUAAGCAAAAGAAAGGAAAGAAGACGAAAGGUGAAAAUGAAGGUAAGAUAACUAAUGAGCCGUUACUGUCAGAUGACGAUAAUGAAGCAAACACUAAUGGAGAUGAGAAUAGUCGCAGCAGUCCUGUUAAUGCUGAUGAAGAUAAUGAAGAUGACGACUGGCUAGAGGACACUACUGAGGAAGCGCGACGUCAGAGGAUCAACACUUUAUCAGCCAUGGCAAAGUCCCUUGCUUUGUGUGACGAUGUGGAGCGCUCUGAAACGGAAAGAGCAGAUAUUUUCUACAAACACUUGUCACAGAUGCAUCAGAAUGACAAAGUCCUGGCAAACCGUAAAGAGGUGAGACUGGAAGCCGACCGUCUUAGUCUUGGUCCACGUGCUGUGUUGGUUAUCGCCGAGGUGUUAUUUAAUAACCCAUCUACUAUUCUGAAUGAUAUAAAGAAAUACGCCCCGUUAUUACUUUUGUUCACUCGGUCGGGUGAAGAUCAGAAACGAGCCCAAAUGUACACAUGGGGUGCCAUGGCGAAGCUUAUCGAAAGACAUUCGGACCAAAAUCUAAUAGAUAAGGCGUGUCAUCUUCUUAAGACAUUAUACGAUUGCGACGUUAUCGAGGAAGACAUUAUUUUGGAUUGGUACGACAAAGGACCUUCGAAAAAAUUUGUAUCUCGCGAGUUAAGUGCAAAAAUACUGGCUCGCUGCUCUCCUAUGGUGACAUGGUUGCGACAAGCUGAAGAGGAAGAGUCGGAAAGUUCUGAAGAGGAGUCUGAAGCUAAUAACCACACAAUUACUCAACCUAUUAAUGGGUCAAACAGUGCCAAGGUUCCUGCCACUAAUGUGACGGAUGAUGAAGAUGACGAUGUGGACAUAGAUGCUAUAUAAAACGUCACACCAAACCGUGUUGAAUUACUGAGCUACCAAGCUUUAGCCCGUCUCUGAUUCCUAAUUUCUUUGUUGUCUUUUUCUAACAAAUAUAUUCCUGCCUGGUAGUUUAAAAGACGAGUUCUUCGGUUUGUGUGUUGUUACUGUGAGGAGCCUGUUAGAUUGCUCGAGCAUUCAGUGUGGUCCAUUGAGUAAUGUAUUACCGUUCACUAGGUGGGUUGCGGACUUAUGUUCCUUGUGUCGAGAGGUGUGUAGUGCUAAUUAUAGCGUACUUUGUAAUGCUUUUUCUGUGCGUGGGACUUGUUGCGUUGUCCGGCCACUCGACAUGGCUUUCUGGUCGUAAAAAUAUCUUCCUCACUAGACGGGGCGUGUUACGCCCAAUGUGUUAACUGCAAAGAAUUAAGGUGAGUUGGACAACAGCCCACUGGAAGGGGUCGGUUUGCCACUUUCCGUGGUGACAGUACUGUAUGUGCUCCACCGCGACGCCGACUUACCGCAUAUACGUGUUGUCUUGGUCCAUUUCACGCCUGAGGUUAAGCCUGCGUUAUAUUUCUUUCGGGUUACCAAAUAGUAUGUCGAGCCCUGGUAACAGUAUUUCCUGGUCGCUAGCAUGCAUUUGCUGCUGUCACGUGUCCUAAGUCUCGGUAUGGUAACGAACUGAUUCUUCGACCAAAUGGAGGUAACGUAUUUAUAGUGUCCUAAAGAGUAGGGGAAUUGGGUCUUGACGUCAGUGACUCAGGCCAUUUGUUCAGAGUGUGAGUAGACAAGUUGAGAAGUACACAGAAGCAAUGAGAAGGUAAUCAGUACGAUCACUCAAGAUGGUGGGACCUAGCGAUAUUUGGGGAACUUCAGUUACUCCCUUUCCUUUGGAUUUGGAGAGGCCUUCCCCCAUUAUCUCAAUAUUUUCAUAAUACUGGCUUUGUGGUUAUUGGAGAUGCCAAGCACUGCUAUUCUCGAUGUAAUUUGCAGUCUCAAGUUCUACUCUGGGAUAUUACAUAUAUGACCAUCUACCCAAUGCUUGCUUUGUUUGGAAUUAUCAAAUUAUGAUUGUAGUCAAUAAUCUCGAAUCAUAAAUGGCAAUAAUUGGUGGAGAUUUGUAGCUCAGGUGGAUAAUUUACUGGGGUUUUGUCUGAGGUGGAUGGUUUACUGAUGGGGCUUUCAUCGUUUUUGUGAACGACAUAAUCGUCUUUCAUCUUACCUGAGUCUUGGGUUUCGGUGUCGUUUGAUCUGUAUAUACUCAUUCGUUUUCGCCCAAUACUCAAUGUUCGUCAUUGCUAGUGGGAUUAUUUUAACUUCAUCUUAUUAAUCUCACAUCGUUGUACCGACAUUGUAAAAGAACUUAAGCUAAUGCAUACUUGUCCGUGGCUCGACGCUGACUAUGACUGAUUUAUACCGCUUACAUUCUCGAUGUGGUUCAAAAUGUUAUUAGUCAUUGUAUAUGUCCAGCCUAACAUGUGAGCUCUGAAAACUUGAUAGGAAAGAUUAGGUAUCGAAGAUACGACUCGGAAAGAAUUUAUAAGCUAGUGAAUAAAACGAAAAAGGUUAUGAAGAAUUUAGAGUCAGGAUUUGGAGGAAGACAAAGAAUGGAUGCACCUGCGCCAUUCCAAACGAUUUUGAGUCAUAUCAUUCGAAGUCUGACCAUUGGUUACGAUAAUAACACGGACUACAACCAGGUAAUCUAUACCUAUUAACAUGGUUAAGUCCAAUUAUCAGUGACUUCAUGUACUGAUGUCAUGUUCUUGUUUGGUCGCCCCUAGCUUCUAGCUUGCUGCACCGAAAAGCAUCACCCGUCGAGGUAGGUGGUGGUUGGGAAUACGCAACUCACAUCCCAACCACCUCAGUUGAUGAAGAUUUACUACCUCAUCAUUCGGUUUUCCAUCCUUAUCUGGUACUCUGUUCUUAACCCGGACAUUGCCAAUUGCGUGGUCGUGAAAUUCACGGACAAUGUUUUAUGGACACUUACUAUCGAAUACUAGUAACUUACGAAUAUUCUCUACUCUUAAUGGUCAUGU